AUUUUGAAUUUGAGAAUUGACAAUCAUAUAUCUUCCGGUGAUUUUCAUCGUCUCCUUUCUUUCUUGGCAGAUUCCAAUCACGCAGGAAGCUGAAAUGACUGGAUUGCAAUUCUGUGAUGCCAAGGAUGAUGUGCCAUCCGAGGAACUCCCACAUCUUCUACUCAUUCAUCCACCUUCAUCUUUCACACGUUUCCCACCUGAAUUAUGUGCAAAGUUCCCUGUCCUGAAAGCUUGGGAGUCGCCACUCCCUCUAGACCAGUUCUUGAGCACCCAUGCAGGCUCAAUUCAAGCCCUGCUCGUUCGCGGUUAUCUUAAGGUUAACGCAGACAUCCUUGAGCAGCUACCGGCACUGAAACUCGUCUUGACUAUCAGCGUUGGUGUGAACCACAUCGACAUGGCAGAGUGCCGCCGGCGUGGGAUUUCUGUGGCUAAUGUGGGAAAUGCGUACUCGGAAGAUGUUGCUGACAUUGCUGUUGGGUUGUAUAUUGAUGUACUUCGAAAACUUUCAGCAGCAGACCGGUAUGUAAGACAAGGAUUUUGGAGUAGCAAAGGAAAUUACCCUCUUGGUUCCAAGUUAGGUGGGAAGCGAGUUGGGAUCAUUGGACUAGGAAGCAUUGGCUCAGAAGUUGCUAAACGACUCGAGGCCUUUGGCUGCAUCAUCUCAUACAACUCAAGGAGGGAAAAGCCAUCUUUGUCAUACCCCUUCUAUCCUAACGUAUCUGAACUUGCAGCUAACAGUGAUGCCCUCAUCAUCUGUUGUGCAUUAACAGAUCAAACCCACCACAUGAUCAACAAGGAAGUCCUGGCUUUACUUGGAAGAGAGGGUGUGAUUGUUAAUGUAGGCCGGGGGGCAAUAAUUGAUGAGAAAGAACUGGUGAAGUGUUUGGUGAGUGGGGAAAUAAGAGGUGCAGGUUUCGAUGUGUUUGAGAAUGAGCCUCAAGUUCCUGAAGAGCUCUUUGCAUUGGACAAUGUUGUUCUUUCCCCACAUAAGGCUGUUAGUACUCUGGAAUCUUCACAGAGUAUGAAUGAAAUGAUGACGGCCAAUCUGGAAGCUUUCUUCUCGAAUAAACCUCUGGUUUCUCCUGUCAUGGAAGAGUAAAUUUGAUCCUAUUAACUGGAAAAUUUAGUCUAUCUUAUGUUUCUUAAAGCUUUUUGUCACUGCACUCUGUUCGGUGCAGGUUCGUUUAAAAUUGUUGAGAAUGAAUUUAUUUCAUUCAAUUUUAGAUUUCUUCCCUGCCUGCUAUUUCUCAAAUUUCUGUUUCUCACCUCUUGUGCACAAAACAAAAUGUGAAUUUCAUAUAAUUUUAUACUUGUCGAUUGGUUUGUGGCAACAUGAUAAUAUGCAUUGUCAUUGUUUGGAUUUUACUAAUGAGUUGGUUGUGAAGCUCAAAUUACUUUAUCAGAGGUGUCGUGCCCUUGUGUUGACAGUCAUAUUUGGGAUUU